UUAUCCAAUAAUUGGCGAUCGCGAUGAGCUCAUUCACAUUUCUCUCUGUAAUUCGCUCGACAUUUUUUUAUUAGUUUUACUAUUCAGUUAAUUGCUUACUUGUAAUAAUUUAUACUUCGUUUAAAAUUAUUGUUUUUAUUUAAUUAUUGUGAAUAACUGUGUAUUUGUGAUUGAUUUUCUAGUUAAAAUUCGAAACAGGGCCAACGCCUAGUUUUUUUUUUUUUUUUUGAUAAGCAUAACAUUCCGACAUAAUGGCAGCAAUCCGUAAGAAACUUGUCAUCGUCGGCGACGGUGCCUGCGGAAAAACUUGUCUGCUCAUUGUGUUUUCCAAAGAUCAAUUCCCUGAAGUUUAUGUACCUACUGUGUUUGAGAACUAUGUAGCUGAUAUAGAAGUCGAUGGCAAACAAGUAGAACUAGCACUGUGGGAUACAGCGGGUCAAGAAGAUUAUGAUAGACUAAGACCAUUGUCGUAUCCUGACACGGAUGUUAUCCUUAUGUGUUUCUCCAUAGAUUCACCAGAUUCAUUAGAGAAUAUCCCAGAGAAAUGGACACCAGAGGUAAAACAUUUCUGUCCAAAUGUGCCGAUUAUACUGGUCGGUAACAAAAAAGACUUGCGUAAUGAUCCCAAUACAAUUCGUGAGCUGAGCAAAAUGAAACAAGAGCCUGUGAGGCCAGAAGAAGGGCGAGCAAUGGCCGAAAAGAUCAAUGCAUUUGCUUAUUUGGAAUGUUCAGCUAAAAGUAAGGAGGGUGUCCGUGAAGUAUUUGAAACUUCAACUAGAGCAGCUUUACAGGUUAAAAAGAAGAAGAAAGGACGAUGCCGUCUACUUUAAAUUAAUAGAAAUCAUAUAUAAAAAUUAAUAACAUAAAUUGCCAUGGUUUUAUUUUUAAUUUAAGUUCUAUUCUCGCGUUUCAGUCUUCCGUGUUAUAGCCAAGCAUGAUAUAUUACAAUAAUUUUUUUUUUUCAUAGAAAGAUGAUAAAGUUACUUAAUUGUCAAUUUCAGUUCUGAUCUAUAAAUAUUGUUUUUCUUUUUGUUAAGAUAUAUAUAUAUAUACAUAUAUAUUUUUUUUACAGCUUCUCUGGCCUGUAAUAUAUUAUAAAAAUUACUCCCCAUGACUGUGCUAACCUUUGAUGGUUAUCAAAAUUAAACACCAAAUAUUAAUUAUUGAAUGACUCAAAAUGAAAUAUUAAUCUUACAAUCAAUAAUCAUU